AUGCUGCAUGGCUGCGUGGUUAAGGUUGGUUUGGACUUGGAUAUGUUCGUCGGGAGUGCCAUGGUGGACAUGUAUGCCAAGAACGGUGGACUUGAGGAGGCGAUCAAGGUGUUUGACUGCACCCCGAAUCAGAAUGCAGUGGUUUACGGUGCCAUGAUCGCGGGCUUCGCUCGCUUAGGUAAUGACCCUUGCCCUGAGAUUAGAAUCGAAGCUGUCAGGCUUUUCUCAGACUUGCUCCGGAUGGGUGUAAAACUGUCCAGGUUUACUUUCAAGAGUGUGCUCGAAGUCUGCAAUUUGACCAAUGCGGUGCACUGUGGGAGGCUGAUACACGCUCAUGUUAUAUUCAAUGGGUUUCAGGACGAUGAGUUCAUAGCAAAUGCGCUGAUCAACUUGUACUCCCAAGCACGGUCAGUAAGUGACAGUCUGAGAUGCUUCCAGAUGACUCCCAGGCAAGAUGUCGUCACAUGGACAUCCAUGAUUACAGCAUUCGUGCAUGAUGAGAAUUUUGAGAAGGCACUAGGCCUGUUCCUAGAGUUUCUUUCUGUUGGAAAAGAGCCAGACCAGUUCACCUUAUCGAGUGUGAUGAAUGCUUGUGCUGCUCUGAGUCUACCAGCAACCUGUAAGCAGAUACACUGUUAUACGGUCAAAUCUGGACUCGCUCAGUUCACUGUGUGCGGCAAUUCUCAGAUUUCUAUGUAUAGGAAUAUAGGUGAUGUUGAGGCUUCAAAGAAGACAUUCGAGCUGAUUACAUGUCUGGAUAUAUUCUCAUGGUCUGCAAUGAUUUUGAGCUACGCAGUCCAUGGCCAUGAAGGCGAGGCUCUAGUGCUCCUGGAGAAGAUGAAGGAUUGUGGUGUCGUGAUAAAUGAUAAUGCUUUGCUUGCCGUUCUCAUUGCUUGCAGCCAGCAGGGGCUGGCAGAGGAAGGUUUCAGGCACUAUGAGAGCAUGCUAUCAGAUUAUGGCUGUUCCCCAAAUACGAAGCACAAAGCUUGCGUAGUUGACCUCCUUGGCCGUGUUGGUAAGAUAUCUGAGGCUGAAGAUUUCAUAAUGGGGUCUGGAUCAGAAAAUGACCCAAUACUUUGGCAUGCACUGUUGCGUGCAUGCAGAAUCCAUGGGGACAAAGAGAGGGGUAUAAAAACCGGAGAGAAAUUAAUGGAACUCGAGCCCUUCGCUGUUACUUCAUAUGUGGUGCUGUACAACCUCUACAUGGGUGCCGGCAAAAUCUCAUUGGCUAUGAAGACGAGAGGCCUGAUGAGAGAGCGAGGCAUGAGUAAGGAAGCCGGGAUUAGUUGGUUCAUGCCAGAUUAG